UCCCUCGGCUGCUGCUGGGAUGGUCCACGCACUGGCGCCGUCACGUGUUUCUCUCCUUGGAGUGAGACUGAGUCUCGGUGGCGGCUGGAGGGGGCUGGACUCAUAAACACAGACACCGCCGCUUGUUUGGGCUUGGGGCGCUCCGAAACUCCGAGAAGCAGCCGGAGGAGGAGAAGUCAGCCAGGCAGCCCCAGACCCGCCUUCAGCCUGGGGCACGGGAGGGGGCUUUGCUGUUGGCCUCGGCGCCUUUCCCGACUGGAAUGAGGAGGAGGAGAAGGAAGAGAGGAUGUUCCUUCCCCACUUGGGCUGCUUUCCCUCCUGCUGCUGCCUGGUUGCAUUUUGUGUUGAAAUGGCACUUUCUCUUCCUAACGAGAUGGGACUGAAUGGGGUUGCCAGCCUCCUCACGCAUAUGCAGAAGCAGCAGCUUCGGCGCUGAUUUUGGUGCUGGGCUGUGUUUUUUUUGGAGGGGGGGGAGAGAAGAGUCGUGUGUUUUUGGGUGUAAGCCCCAGACUUUGCAAAACAAACUGCUCCCAGAGGAUCUUUAAUCUGCUGCAGAGAUUGCGCUCGCUGAGGCAAAGUUGUGAAGGGGAGCGGUGUUUUCGAGCGAAGCAAGGGGGAUCCCGUCCUGCUCCUCUCUACAGACGAAUCCGACUCAUACGACUGAAAAGAUGCGUUUUUUCUCCUCCCUGGCGGCGGCGGCUGCUGCUGGGAGAACUAGACUUUCAUCUGGACUGACUGAGACUGGACUCUUUACGGAUAUAUUGACCCUCCUGAGGGUGAUUUGGGCAUAAACAGCCAUAUAAACGCUGCUGUGGUGCUGGAAGCUGCCUCUGCCACUGAACAGCUGCUCUCACCCUGCCAGUAUCCCCUCCCCCCAUCCCGUUUUGGAGAGGGGAUUCCGAGCUAGUUUGCUUUUUUUAUUAUGAUUGUUGUUGCAUGAAUUGUAUUUUAAGAGGUGUUUUUUUCCCCUGCCUUGCUUGGCAGUUUUGGGGGCCCGUGGGCUGAUAGCUGUGGUAAAAACACCACCACCUCUCCUUCCACCAUGGCUAGCCCCACGGAUAAUAAUGAGGGCUUUUUCUCAGAUGUCAGGAAGGUGGGUUACUUGCGCAAACCCAAGAGCAUGCAUAAACGCUUCUUCGUGCUGAGGGCAGCCAGCGAGUCAGGACCUGCCCGGCUGGAGUACUAUGAGAAUGAGAAAAAAUGGAGACAUAAGUCAGGAGCCCCCAAGCGUUCCAUCCCACUGGAGAGCUGCUUCAACAUCAACAAACGGGCAGACUCCAAGAACAAGCACCUGGUGGCCCUCUAUACCAAGGAUGAGCACUUUGCCAUUGCAGCUGACAGCGAGCCUGAGCAGGAGAGCUGGUACCAAGCCUUGCUGCAGUUGCACAAUCGGGCCAAGGGUCACCACCACCUCCAUCACCGUCACCACCACCAUCACAGCGAUGUCUCCUUUGGGGGUGGCACUGCAGGGCUGGGGGAGGCAGGUGACGAUAGCUAUGGUGAGGUGGUCCCUGGCCCGGCUUUCAAGGAGGUUUGGCAAGUGAUCCUGAAACCUAAGGGUCUGGGCCAGACCAAGAACCUGAUCGGCAUCUACCGCCUGUGCCUGACCAACAAAACCAUCAGCUUUGUGAAGCUGAACUCAGAUGCAGCUGCUGUGGUACUGCAGCUGCUCAACAUCCGCCGCUGUGGCCACUCAGAGAACUUCUUUUUCAUAGAGGUUGGGCGUUCAGCGGUGACGGGGCCUGGUGAGUUCUGGAUGCAGGUGGAUGAUUCAGUGGUGGCACAGAACAUGCAUGAGACGAUCCUGGAAGCCAUGCGGGCCAUGAGUGAGGAAUUCCGGCCCCGCAGCAAGAGCCAGUCCUCUUCCAACUGCUCCAAUCCCAUCUCUGUGCCCCUUCGCAGCAGACACCAUGUCAACAACCCCCCACCCAGCCAGGUGGGGCUCAGUCGCAGGUCCAGGACUGAGAGCGUGACUGCUACCUCCCCUGCUGGUGGUGGUGGUGGAGGAGGAGGAACAGGGGGCAAACCCAGCUCUUUCCGAGUCCGAGCCUCUAGUGAUGGAGAAGGCACUAUGUCCAGGCCUGCCUCUGUGGAUGGCAGUCCAGUAAGUCCCAGUGCCAACCGGACCCACUCACAUCGGCACCGUGGCAACUCCAGGCUUCACCCGCCUCUCAACCACAGUCGCUCCAUCCCAAUGCCUUCUUCACGCUGCUCCCCUUCAGCCACCAGCCCAGUCAGCCUGUCAUCCAGCAGCACCAGUGGCCAUGGCUCCACCUCAGACUGCCUCUUCCCACGCAGGUCGAGUGCUUCGGUAUCAGGCUCCCCCAGUGAUGGUGGUUUCAUCUCCUCCGACGAAUAUGGCUCCAGCCCCUGCGAUUUCCGUAGCUCUUUUCGCAGUGUGACUCCAGACUCUCUUGGUCACACCCCACCAGCACGGGGGGAUGAGGAGCUCAACAACUACAUCUGUAUGGGGGGCAAGGCUGCCUCAUCCUGCAGCUUGGCAGCUCCCAAUGGCCACUUCAUCCCUCGCAGUUGCCACCCACAGCAUCAGCAGUGCCGCUAUCCUGGCACCCCAUGCUGCCCCCGGAGUGGUGGGGAGGAGGUAACUGACUUGGAGAAGGGCUUCAGGAAGCGGACUCACUCUGCAGGCACCUCACCCACCAUCUCCCACCAGAAGACACCCUCACAGUCUUCAGUGGCCUCCAUUGAGGAGUACACAGAAAUGCUGCCUUCCUACCCUUGUGGUGGCAACCGGCUGCCCUCCUACCGGCACUCUGCCUUUGUGCCCACUCACUCCUACCCUGAGGAGCAUUUGGAGAUGCAUCACUUGGAGGGCAGCCACCACCGGACCAACUCCACCCCACACACUGAUGAUGGCUACAUGCCUAUGUCGCCUGGGGUGGCCCCUGUGCCCAGCACUGGUGGCACUCCCAAAGGUGGUGACUAUAUGCCCAUGAGCCCCAAGAGCGUGUCAGCCCCACAGCAGAUCAUCAACCCUGGCAGGGGGGGUCGCCACGCCCAAGCCAUGGUGGACUCCAUUGGGUACAUGAUGAUGUCCCCUAGUGGCAGCUGUUCGCCUGACGGUGGUCCCACUGGCUACGGAAAAAUGUGGACUAAUGGGGGUGGCCACCACCUAAAGCUUUCCGUAGAGAGCAGCGAAGGGAAGCUCCCCUGCAGCGGCGGUGACUACAUCAACAUGUCCCCAGCCAGCGGCUCCGCCACCAGCACCCCCCCGGACUGCUACUUCGCCAGCUCGGGACCUCCGGUUCCGGAGGAGGUCUCGGCGCAGGGCCCGGCCGAGCCCCCCCACAAGCCCAUAUACUCCUACUUCUCCCUUCCGCGCUCCUUCAAACACGUGCAGCGCAGGGCAGCCGAGGAGAGCGGCCCCCAGCUGCGCAUCUCCCUCAGCUCCGGCCGCUUGCUCUACGCCGCGGAGGACUCGUCCUCUUCCACCAGCAGCGACAGCCUCGGGGGAGGCGGGGGCCAGGAGGGCGCCGGAGGUGGCUACCAAGCGCAGCCCCAGCUGCAGCAGCAGCCUACUCGUCAGGCGGUCGCGCAGAGCAGGAGCCGCCUGACCAGACCCACCCGCUUGUCUCUGGACGGCCCCAAGGCCAGCACCCUGCCUCGGGCGCGGGAGCAGCCCCCGCUGCUGCUGCUGCCGGAGCCCAAGAGCCCCGGCGAGUACGUGAACAUUGAGUUCGGAGCCAGUGACAAGCCGGCGGCCGCGCGGCCCCGAGGGGACGAAGGCUCCGAGUACAUGAACAUGGAGCUGGGGCCGCCUCGGGCAGCCUGCCAAACCGGCUUCGCAGCCGUACGGGCGGCAGCUGCGACCCGGCCAGGCCGAGGAGCUGCUGCCCUCAGCAGCCUGGACUAUGUGACUAUGGAACAGGGGGGCGGUGUCGGGGGGCCCUGCCCGGGCUGCGCCGACCCCUCGUCCCCCACCCUCUUGCUCAAGUACGCCGACAGGCGGACGGGCCGUGCUGUCCCGGAGAACCCCACAGCUGCCCCUGCCUCCGCCCAGGCGCAGCCGCCGGCCGAGCUGGCCACGGCGCCACCGCGCUCCUCCUCCCUGACUGGAGGCCCGGGGGUGAACGGCGCCUUCACCUGCGUCAGCCUCAGCCCCGGCCCCGGCCCCGGCCCCGGCCCCGGCCGCAAUCAGAGCGCCAAAGUGAUUCGCGCCGACCCGCAGGGAGGCCGCCGGCGGCACAGCUCCGAGACCUUCUCCUCCACCCCCAGCAACACCCGCGGCACGGCGGGCAGCGGCGGCCUCAACGCGUCCCUGCUCUACGGGGCCGGGGGCUCCGAGGAGGUGAAACGCCACAGCUCAGCCUCCUUCGAGAACGUCUGGCUCCGACCUGCCUCAGGGGAGUUGGGGGUGGCCGCCAGGAGGGAGCAGCAGCCCCCCGGGGCCGGGGGUGGCUUUGAGAACGGACUCAACUACAUCGACCUGGACUUAGUGAAGGAUUUUAAUCAGCGUCGCCAACACCCUCAUCACCCCCAGGAGGGCACCUCUGUGCUGGGGGGGAGGCAGCCUCCGCCCAAAGCCCCGAAUCAGCCUUGUGGGAGUAGCCACUCUAGCGACGAUUUGAGUGCAUAUGCUAGCAUCAGCUUCCAGAGGCGGGAGGACGUCUAAUAGUUGGGCCAGAGCCAGAGAGAAGAAUGAUGACCUAUACAACCUCAGCAAAUCCUUCUUUUAAUUCAUGGGUAUCCAGACUAUAAAUGUUACAUGAAUCACAACUAGGACCUCACAUCCUCCUCCUCGUCAUAGAUGGGUACGAUGCAUCCAGUUCAGUUUGUUUACUUUACUUUACACAAACCUCAGGAGUUAGUUGACUCAACUGCACAUUCUAUGUUGUGCCAAGCAAAAGCACUGUGACACCUGGACAAUGAGUCUCUAUUACUUCAUCCUCUACCAUAAGAACUUAGCUGGACGCAAUGAACUGAUGUGCCCACCACUAUGUCAUGGUGAGAAUGGGUAUUGUACUAGCACAUUUACGUGAUACAUUACAUUUCAUUUGCUGCUGAAAACCUGUAUGACAAAUCAUCAUUGUAAAUUAUUACAUACAAAACUGUUAAUGUUGGUUGAAGAGUAUUAAAUAUUUAACAUAGGUUUUGAUUUAUACAUGUACUUUUUUUAAUUAAAAUGUAACUUUUCCUACAGCACAUCUUUUUUUGAUGUGGAACUGAGGUAUACUAUAUUCUGUUGUAAACAGAGUGGGGAACCUGCUUAAAACAAGGCUAAUAAGAAUAGAGUAGGGUACUAUUCUUGUUUUAAGAUUGUAAUUCAGAAAAUAAUAUAAUAUGAAUCAUUGGCCCCUGGGCCUUGAUUGUACAGUCAUAUUUACUGAUACUAUCAGUUGUAAGAUAACCCUGAUGUUGAGUUAAAUUCUUUCCAAAAGAAAAAAUAAUAAUUUUAUACUCCUCUUGUAAAAUAGGCUGUAUUAACUCAAAUGAAGAUAAACUUACUGUAGAUGGUAUUUACAAGUGUCAACUUGAACUCAUCUGUUGCACAGAAACUUACAAAAAGCAGAAAAAAGAAAUCAAAGUCUUCCAUUGUAUAUAUUGUUAGGAGAAAAAAGGAAAAAAAAAAAGAACCAUGGGUGAAGUCUUCAAAUCAAAACUCUUCCUGGAAUGAAAAAUGUGGGUGUUUGUAAAUUCUGGAAAUCUUUCUAUACAUAAUAAACUAGAUACUGUUUUAUCUGCUUAUUUUUUUCCUGGUAAAUUGUCUCAAUUGUCUACCCAUGCACUCAGACAUUCUAUUGACAUUUUCUUUUUGUGCUACCAUGAAUGGUGGCAGGUUACCGUAGACCUUGCUACUUCUGAGUUCAAAUUUCAAGCAUAAUUAGGUAAUACACUGUAUUAAUAUGCAGCACAUGUCUCUGUGUUACUUCACUCAUACUCUUUUCAUGUUUCCAGGAAAUUAUCGCUCCUCCUCAUUCCACUGAAGUCAGUGAAAAAAUUCACACAGGCUUUAUUGGAAGCAGUGUCUGGACUUCUGUGUUUAGUUUAAAAAAAGUGGCCUAGACAAUUUUUUGGAGUUCACUGUGUGCGAAAGAGGCAGUGGGGCAGUGCUGCUUCUGUGGCACUAUUCUGUGCCCUUCUCUGAUUCGGAGGAUUUCCAUGAAUAGCACCUGCAGGGCUUCACUAU